GCGCGAGGCGGCUUCUUCUGCGCAUGUGUGCGCUCCAAGUCCUCACGGUGGUGACCCCGCGCGGGGGUGAGGCCCAAGAGGUUAAGCCCUUCACCUGGCUGGCCUCGGUCGGGGCUGGAGGUGCGCCGUGCAGAGGAAGAUGGCGCGGAUCUCUGCCUUCACCCAAGGGUUACAGAAAAUGACCAAGUCCCAGAGACCAGUAACUUUCAAGGACGUGGCUGUGGAUUUCACCCAGGAGGAGUGGCAGUAUCUGGACCCUCCCCAGAUGGAUCUGUACUGGGAUGUGAUGCUGGAGAACUAUAUCAACCUCAUCUCAGUGGGUGAGGACCGUUUCCCAGUGUUGAUUGGAUAUAAAACCACCAAGCCUGCUCUGAUCUACAAAUUGGAACAAGGAGAAGAACCAUGGAUGGUGGAGAGAGAAAUCUCAAGUUGGAGAUACCCAGAAGAAGUCUGGCAAGUUGAUGACCACGUGGAGAGGCACCGAGAGAACCAAGGAACACUUUUCAGGCAUGUUGCAUUCAUUGACCAGAAAACUGUGACGGAGGAAAAGCGUAACAAUUGUAAUGCACUUGAAAAUAGAUGUCAUCUUAGCACAGCCUUUGUUUCUUCAAAACAAAGACUCCAAAGACAUGACCCGUAUGGUAGAAGUUUUAACUAUUUAGACUUAUUUAGUGGUAACAGAAGAUAUGCAAGAAAAAAUGAAUGUAGUGAAUGUGGGAAAGCCUUCUUCCAGAAGUCAGACCUCAUUAUACAUAAGAGAACUCAUACAGGAGAAAAGCCCUUUGUAUGUACUGAGUGUGGUAAAGGCUUCAGCAAGAAAUCAAAUCUCGUUAUACAUCUGAGAAUCCAUACUCUAGAGAAACCUUAUGAGUGUACUGAAUGUAGAAAAGCUUUCUCCCAUAAGUCACACCUCAUUGAACAUCAGAGAAUUCACACUGGGGAGAAACCCUAUGAGUGUAAUGAGUGUGGGAAAGCCUUUUUCCAAAAAUCACACCUCAAUAUUCACCAGAGGACUCAUACUGGAGAGAAACCCUAUGUGUGUGAUGAAUGUGGGAGAGCCUUCAGCAUGAAGUCACACCUCUUUGUACAUUGGAGAAUACACACAGGAGAGAAACCUUAUGUGUGUACCAGGUGUGAGAGAGCUUUCAGUGAAGUGUCCUGCCUUAUUAGACAUAAGAAAAUCCAUACUGGGGAGAAACCUUAUGAAUGUAAUGUGUGUAAAAAAGCCUUUUCUGAGAAGUCUGACCUCAUUAUACAUCACAGAACUCACACAGAAGAAAAACCCUAUGAAUGCAAUCAAUGUGGGAAAGCCUUCAGACAUAGCUCAGCCCUCUGUCGCCAUAAGAGGACUCAUAAAGAAAAAGUUUCUUAAAAGAGAAACUAAUGUGGGAAUAUCUUCAACUAAAAAUUACAGUGACAGAAAGCCUUCAUUAGAAAUCAAACCUUAUUAUGUAUCAAGAAGUCUUAAGAAGAAGCCUAUUAAUUCAACAAAUUUAGAAAAGUAUAUAGCUAUGUUUCUGUAGAAAUCAUAUUUCAGAUGUGAUGCCAAAGUAUGUCUAGAAGAUAUUACAGAAAGUACACCUCCUUGUUAAAGGAUACAUGCUUACUGUGGACUACAAAGACUUUUGAAAUAUUAAUAAGUGGGCUAGUCAAAACAAAAUUAGAAAAUCAUAUAUGGACAGUCUGCAAAAUAUGAAAGCAUUAUAUUCCAAACUGUUCUACAUUACAUUAUGCACCACAUAACGUAAAUCAUAUAGGUAUUGGAAUUGCUUAUGUGACGCUAACAAUUACGAACAUAAAAUAAGCAUUAUAUAUGUAGAAUGCCAUUACCAAUUAUUUUCCACAUUAAAUAAUACUAUUUUUUCUUUUUUUAAAUUUAAAAUUUUUUUUUAUUUUUUGGCUGUGCUGCACAGCUUGCAGGAUCUUUGUUCCCCAACCAGAGAUUGAACCCAGGCCAUGGCAGUGAAAGUGCAGAGUCCUAACCAUUGGACCACCAGGGAAUUCCCUAUUUUUUCUUUUAACAAAGUAUGAAUUGUAACAAAACAUAGGGCAUCCUAAAUAAGAAUUCUAAAGUAUAAAAUAAACUUUUUUCCUGUUGUUUGUUGGCAUAUAUAAGACUCCUGCUACCUCUUGAUCAGUGAUAAGAGUAUGUAAAUGUAUUGUUAUUUACAUAAAGUAUAUAUGAGAUAGAUAUCAUAUGAGAGUGAGCAAAAGAAAGUAGCCAUGGCCUCUUACAACACUCACUACAAUUUAAAUAGUUGUUUUUGGUGACUAAAUUACCCCCCCCCCCUUUUUUUUUUUUGCAGUAUGUAGGCCUCUCACUGUCGUGGCCUCUCCUGUUGCGGAGCACAGGCUCCGGCCACGCAGGCCCAACUGCUCCGCGGCAUGUGGGAUCUGCCCGCCCCAGCUCCAUGUUACAGGAGCUCAAUUGUAGUCAGCUCCAACUGAGAAGACUUGGGCUCCCGUUCCCAGCCUAGCUGUUUCUUAUACAGUAGCUCUACCCAAGACAAGGUAGGCCAAGAAUACUGGGGCCCUGAUCCACCCCCCUCCAGGCUUUAUGUUUGUAGGGCAAAUGUUCCACGCCAGGGGGUGAUGGGGGACCGAAAGCUGAAAGGACAGCAGGCUAUUUUCCAAACUCCCAUUUAUAGAGCAGAGGUUCCAUACGGGGAGGAGUAAAUCAAAAAGACCUCGGGCUUCCAUUUCUCCUCCCAAAUCCCACUUGCAGGGAGGAGUUUCCAUGCCAAGAGGAGAAACCGAGAAGCUUCCUCAGCUCCAAUGCAAUAGUGUAGACAUCUGUCCAGGCAAGAGGAAGGACUGGAAGCUCCAGAGCUCCACAGAGGGACCUGACUUUAUUUAGUACACAGUGUGAAGGAAUGCUUGACUUCAGACAUUGUUGAAAACAGAGAUCUU